AUGCUUACUUUGCAUAGCUCGCCAAACUUCGAUCCAGGAGGACAGCUCUAUCCUCCGGCCAGACACCCUGACCAGCGACUUGACCUGAGAGUACAGCCGCAAUAUACCAUAUAUGACAGCGGUGAGAAGGCUGCAGAAUUCAUAGUCGAUGCACUGUUGUCGUACUUCCGUGGAGAUCCGUUUAAGCCUCAUCUAAGUAAAGCCAAGGAUAGCCGCACUCUGGAGGUCAAGAUUCAGCUUGUUGGUGAAGAGCAUGUACUAAUCCAAGAUGAAGUUCCUGUCAAUUCGUCCCGUGAAUCGCUCAGCUUUGAGCUCAGGCAACUGAAAGCUCGCCUGGAGCCAUAUGCCAUUGAGCUUGAAGCGCAACUGUCGGGCCCUGAGCACCUAACAUAUCACGCCGAGACUGAGCUGUACUACUUGCCAGCCAAGAACAAUGGCAGUACAGUGAGAAUCGACAACCUUUAUGGCGGUAUGAUGGUAGCCAACAGAGCCACAAAGUUCUCCUUCGAACCUCUGCUUCCCUUUGGCUUCUACACCAACUGCUCUGGCUAUCUGAAUCAGUCGCUGAACAAUGUCUCCGCGUACAAAGACCUAGGCUUCAACGCGAUCAACCCUGUCUGCUCCUUCGCAGAUGGAGGCCUCGAUCAUAUGCUCGACUGGCUGGAUGAGGAAAAUCUGUGGUUCCAGUACGAUAUGCGAGGGUCCUACCUGAAUCUGUCGUCCGUGUCUGAACAGAUCCCUUUGGUCAAGCAUCGACCUAAUCUUUUGUCCUGGUAUACAGCUGACGAGCCAGAUGGAUGGCAGUACAACUUGAGCUCCACCAGAGCGGUGUAUGAUCUGCUCAAGAGGGAAGACCCAUACCAUCCGACUGGCUUGGUACUCAACUGCGACAACUACUACUUCGAAGAGUACAUCUCUGGGACCGUUAUAUCAUGGAAGACGCGUACUCAGAAGUUCAACACCACCUGCAAUGAGACCUAUGGUGACUGCGGUUGUGGUGACUGCAAAAGCUCACUUCUUGAUGUCUCCGAUCGCCUGGACUCAUAUGCUGAGUAUCAAAGCUGGCUGGGUCUCCCCGAGAAGCCGCAGUGGUCCGUCCUCCAAGCAUUCUCCGGAGAGCACUAUUGGGCGCACAGUCCAUCUCCUUCAGAGACCUGGGUCAUGAUGAUCCUGAGCUUCAACCACAAAGCCAAGGCCAUGAUGGGUUGGACCUUUCCGACAACGCCAGUGUUACUGGGCACAGCACACGGUAUGAUGGCCAAGGUUGCUUCUCAACCACCUGUCCGGGACUUCUUGAUCGGCCAUGAUCCCAAGGCAAUCCCGGUCGACUCCCACCCUCUCCUGGACGUGGCGUACUCGGUGUUGGUAGGAAUGGCGAACAUAGAGACCGACCACAGUAACACGACCCUCGUUAUCGAGCUGCCUGUGAAGGUCCAUAACGUCAUGGAUCAGCCGUGGGGCUAUCUGUCCUGGUACCUCGACGAAGAAGGGAUACUUUGUACGUCUGGACUGGAAGGUCUGACAUCUAGCAUUGUCACCCUCCAUGUAUGA